AUGGCUGGCUGUGGCUGGGUUGCUGCAGUGGCUGGCAGGCCCCAUGGCAUGGCUGCAGGGCAUGGCUGGCUGUGGCAAGGCUGUUGGCAUGGCAUGGCUGCUGCAGGGGCUGGCAGGGUGGAAUGGCUGGGCUGCAGGCUGCUGGCAGGUGGAAGGGCUGGCUGCAGGCUGCUGGCAGGAUGGCAUGGUCUUUGGCAGGCAGGCCAGGGCAUGGGUGUGGCUGUAGGCCCAUGGACAUGGCUGCAGCAGGCUGGACAGGCUGAGCAGGGUGCUGGCAGGGCAGGCAUGGCCCUUGGCAGGCGGCAGGACAAGGCUGGGCAUGGCUGCAGGCUGGCUGGCCAUGGCCUGGCCUUGGCAGGGCGUGGCCACGGCCUGGCAGGGCUGGCAGGGGCGGGCUGGCCAUGGCCUGGCGCUGGGCAGGCCAGGGCAUGGCCUUGGCAGGCGCUGGGCAGAUGGCCUGGCCGGCCUGGGCGCAGGGCAUGGCGCUGGCAGGCUGCAGGCGGCAGGGCAUGGGCGGCCAGGCUCUUGGCUGGAAGCUGGCAGGGGCCUGGCACUGGCUGGGCGCAUGGUCUGCGCAGGGCGCUUGGGAGGGCGCGGCAGGCGCUGCAGAUAUUCCCCGUAUGCCGACCAGUGAACACGUCGCUUUUUCCCGCCUGA